UGAUUUUAUGAACGGCACUUACCUUCAAACAGCAAAGUGACGAGAAGCAGGUCGUACCACAUCUUGCAAAUAUUCAUUUUGUUUUGGUUUCUCUGCUGAUGUCGUUGACGCAAAAUGAAAGCGAAACACUGUCAACCAGCUGAUAAUUAUGUCGUGUUUUCUGCUUUGGAUAAAGUGCGGCACUGAAGACCACGCAUGACAGAAAUAAGCACUCAGAUGUCCUGGUUUAGCGGCCCAGUGUACAGUCGAUACUGGCAGCACUACCAGCAGGCGAUGGCCUGGCACCAAAGGCACAGGCAAGCUUACCAGAAGGCCUUAGAGGCUGCUUACGGCCCCAUCUACCACUGCCAGCAGCACCCCGACAGCCAUGAACGCUACGCAGACUGGCGCCCGUGUGAAAGUGAGAGCGAAGAAGGGGCGAGUAGCUCGGACUCUGAGAUCGAAUGUGACGUCAGCAACAUGGAGAUCAGCGAGGAUCUUCGGCAGUAUUUUGCCCAAACGGAGAAACACAGGGAGGAGCUAAGGAAGCAGCAACAAAUAGAGGCCGAGCAACAGGACAGCUACGUCCCAGCCGAUCAGGACUUUCGUAAUAGCUUCCAGAAAGCCAGUGUGGCCCCGCCCUCCGAGCGGCCAGGUGAGAGGCGCAAGGCUGAGAUGAAGAAGCUGUACGGGGAGGAUGCGGCUAAGAUUAUGGCCAUGGAGGCUGCCAUGCAGCUGGCUUUUGACAGAAACUGUGACCUGAAACAACCCAAGUAUUGGCCUGUCAUCCCCCUCAAACUUUAGUACUAUGCCUUCAGAGGGUUUUAUUUAUUGGCAUAUAGGAAGUUGGAAAAAGUAGUUUACAAAUGGACACAACAUAAGAGAUGUUUCAAAAGCGACUGUGGAGUUUUUUUCUCAAGUGGUUAAGUUGAAACAAUACAUUUUAAGAGAAACCAAAGUUAUGUGGCACAGUAAAGCCUUUUGCUUGGUUAUGUAAAACAUUAAUACCUGUGUAUCUCCUGAAAUGUUUGUCAUCUCAGUUCAGACCCAUGAAAGUCUUUCCUGCCUGAUUGAAUAACACGUUGCAGCCUUCUUGUAAGCAGGGACAUAUUCUGCAGCCUUUGUCUUUUGACUUUGAAUUGUCUAAUAAAUUAAUAUUUGGAUUGUU